GGGCGCCAAAUCCGUGCGAAAACAUUCCGUUAAUACUCAAAAGAACUAAAAAAACUGCCCUCACUGAAUCCACCUGCAAAUUGACACAUCUCCGCCAUGAGAACACGCUUCCUCACCGACGUUUUCAACUCCUCCGCCGCAUCUAACCGCCUACAAACCCUAGACUUCCUCCGAUUUCCACCUCCUGAGCUCCCGUCCGCCGAUCAAUUCAUCUUCAACAGCAUCUCGUGCUUCGAUCAACUCAAUUUCAUCACCCUAGCUCCUGAAAUCGAUACAAUUUCCGUCAAUGAAUCGCUCUGUAAGUUCUUAUCCGACGUUCUUCCUCAAGCUGUCAGUACCGAGAUCGAUCGGCAGAUUGUUACGGAAGUAGCAUCGGAGGUGAAAAUCAAAGAAGAAGGUACUUUUACACUGGUUGAAUUCGAAACUCCUGAGCUUUGUAUAUCCUUGGAAGAUUCUAGCGUUUUACAUGAAGAGAAGAUACAAAUUUUCUUUGAAGUUACAGAUUCAGAAUUUCCUACUGAUCUGCUUGAUUUUUCACUUGAGCUGCAGCCAGUUAUGGAUAUACACAAGUCGAUUUUCUACGUAGAAGAUAUUUGUGUAGAAAUCCAGGAAGAGCAUAAAUCCGAUCUGUUUAAAGAUGGCAGUUCGGUCAGGGACCAAACACGAUCUGAUCUUAGAUCAUUUCCUGUUUUGGAAGUAGACGAGAUUAGUCUGGGAAUCAACAGCUAUAUAUACGAGGACAAAUAUACGAUAUUUGAAAGCAACGAUCUCCAACAAUGGAUGCUAAAAGAUGAAUUGACGUGUGAUUCCAACGAGCUUUUGCUUUCCAUGAAAUUCGACAUAUCAGAAAAUCUUUUAAACCACUCUUCUUCCGAAUGUCGUAAAUUUGAGGUACCAUGUGUGAAUGUUUCUCCUGAGUACAUAAUAGAUGCCAUAGAACAGCCAUUAAUGUUAAUCCCACUUGCCCUUGAACAACUCGAAUUCUUUGAUACAAAGACUGCACAUUUCUCUCAAGUGUUCUCCGACAUUGAAAGUAUAAGCGAAGUAGAACAUUGCGAACAGAUGUUUGGCAAUGGCAACACAUCAUUAAGCGUUUUCAACAACUUAAUUGUUACACAUGAACUUGUUCUAACAGAUGACUCUUUCAAAUCACUCCCUGUUCCUAUUAUUUCCGAUCAUGAAAACAUACUGUCGGUACAAACGAUUGUUGAGGAAAUAUUCGUAAGGUUGAAGCUGCAGCCUUCCUCCACUUCAGAUGACAUAUACUUGGACUGGCAUCUAUUGGAAGAAGAUAUUUGCAGUCGUAAUAAACACGCGUCUUUGAAAAUGUUUGAGGAUAUCGAUACUUACCAUAUCAAUGCAGACAUCAGUUCUUGUGAUAGUCUGGUUUUGGAGUUUGUUUUAUCUGAUGCAUGCUCAAAUGAGCAAACGACAAAAGAGAACACCGAGGUUCUGAACAUCGAAAGGUUUGGAAAUUUGAUGGAGCAUGUCGUUAGUGAUAAAAUUUAUUCAGGUGAAAUAUGCAAGAAGCAUGUGGUUAACAAGGCUCAUCAGUUUGUUGAAUCAAUGUCACAGUUUGAUGAUCUUGACUUUUUCUUGAACCCUUUAGAGGCUACAUGUGUGAAAAAGCAAAAGUCUGUUGAUACAAUACACGAAACGGAUGUUGCCCUUCCUAUGGUUUUGGAAAACGACCCGAUUGAGACACAUGAUGCCGGAAGAAAACAACAUCAGACCUUGGAGAACGAGACCCGUUCAAGAGGAGAUUUUCAUUCUACUUCAAUACUAAACGAGAUCAGCAAGAACUUAGAAGGACCAUUACAUUCUACACACACUGAGUUAAAGAACAGCAUGGAAUCUACCGAAGCAACCUAUGAAGUACCACAACUGCCGUUACUUACAGAGUCAAAGAAGGUCAACACAAACACGCCUAUAAUCGUAAAUACCCAAAAUGGUGAAACCGAAAUGAUAAUUUCCAGAAGAAGCACAUACCAAAAAAUUCUUGCAAUGGAAAAAGAAGGCAUACAGGUUGUUGAAAGGGAUCUAAAUCUUCCGGUUGAUGUUAUAAUUAGUGCUGCAGUUUGUUUAGUGCUGUAUGACAGCAACAACAUUAUAAAAAAGACGAAUUCGUCAGAUGGUGCUUCUUCGUUAUCUUCAUGUGUUGAAAAUAUUGCAGCAAAUGUUUUAAUGUCACUCAGUUUCGCUCUCAGUGGCUGUGUUCUGAUAUUCGAAGGAGAAGUGGGAUUCCUCGGUGGUAUAAUGGAAUCAUCAGAUGAACUAUAUGCUGCAGCAGCAAGUUUAGGAAUCGACUUGCAGCUUUUUUAUUCGUAUUCAUCUGAAACAACCGAUGCGAUAAUACUAAACUGUAUCGCGAAUGCUGCAAAGUCAACUAGAGGCGUAUAUCCUAGGAUGCCGGAAUCAGAAACGCUAGCUGAAUCAUUUCUAUCGAAAUUUACUUCACUUAAUCCACUAUCAGCUCAUGCGAUAUUAUCUUCGGUUGGAACGCUCCUUGAGUUUUUCGAAAUGUCUCAUCAGCAAAGGGUUUGUGCUCUGCAAAAGUAUCUUGUUCCGCAAGCAAGUGUUUUGUUGUUUAGUUCUUUGUGUAGAUAUGGAGAGAGAGAAGAUUCUAGAUCGGGAAUGACGGAUUGUUGUUCUUCGGUUUCUUCUGGUCAUGACUCCGGCUACUGUUGUCCUAAGGUUGAUCAUGAGAAAAAGAAACGAAAGUACGUCGCGAGUCCCGAGACGAAAGCCAUGCCUGUCGAUUACGUGUUCCAAUGGGAUCAUCCGAAAUCCGUUAAUUCGCAUAUGUUUUGGAAUUCAGAAGGUGACGAGAUAUGUGAUGGUAUUGAAAAGUCUAAUAUAGAUUUUGAUGAGAUUUACUUUAGAUCUGAUGCUCGUAUGAUGCCGAAUCGUCCUACUUUGACUGAUGCAUCGUUUGGUCAAAGCAUGCCGAUUCCGGACAAGAUACGCAGCCACACUAAUAAACGGGAAAUUAUUCACAUUGAUGAUGGUGAAGACAUAUUUGACUUUAGUAAAAAUCAAAGAUCGGAUGCUCGUAUGAUGCCGAAUCAUCCUAGUUUGACCGAGUCAUCAUUUGGUCAACGCAAGAAGGCGCAUAUGCCUGUUUCGGACAUGUUUAAUGCCCAGACUAAUAAAGGGGAAAUUAUCAACAUUAAUGAUGAUGAUAUGACAUCUGAGUGGUUCGGUCUUCCUAGUUUUUCUACAGCUGCUGAGAUUAACUCCGAUUUAGAUUCAGAUUUAAUGAACAAUUUCGCGCCUUUCAAAGGGAAGGUUUCGUGUUACGGUAGGACACCGCUAUCGAAAGCGAUAUCCUGUGAUCAACCGCAGAAAGGCUCACCGUGGACUAUAGAUUUCCUUAACAGAAUAAAGGAAAAGAGUAGGACGCGUCACCAAUCUCUACCGAACAUAUCGUCGGCCCCGUGUUUUGGCUACUCAGGGAAUAAUGCAUUAAAGUGUAGAAAGAGAAAAAGCCCGUCUAUACUCGACUUCUACAGGUACACGAGUGGCAGUACGGUGAAAAGUAUGGAACACAAAGGGCAAAAAGGUCAUAUACAAGCACCAAGUUCAUCAAAAGCUGUACAGACUCCAAUUGAUAAGAGGGCAAAAAGGAAGCUAACCUUUUCCACCACUGGAAGCAAGGGACAAAGCAAGUUGAUGUGGAGCGAUAAGGCUAAUCAAACAAUGAAAGGAAGAUUGUAAUCUUGCGUCAUUGAGCAUGGACAGAUAAACGUGUUUAGACAUUCUUUCAUCGCCUGAACAGGUUUAUUAUACUACAAGCUUUCAGCUGUAAGAUGUAGUCAAAGAUAGUCUUGAUAGUUCACUAUUUUCAACUUGAUCGUAAAACAAAUGUUGGUAUACGCAAACUCUUCUUCCACGAGAUGACGUGUUUCAAUCAAAUUCAUUA